UUUCGGAACGCCGCGCUGACUCUGCAGUUCCCGCCCCUCUGCUCACUCUCAGCCUAUUCGACAAUGAGAGCUCAGCUCAUAUUUGAACUGCUGCAGACAGCCAAAAACUUACCAGCGACAACGGGGUAGAACAUAGAGGCAGAGCAGAGAAGCAUGGGUUGUCACAACAGCAAGGUUUGUGGCCAGGUCUCCCGGAAAAAGAAAAAAAAUAAAGCACAAGGAGCUGAGAAGCACAUAAAGGACAUCAAACUUCAGGGUGGAAGUGGUACAUGCUCAUCUGAGGAGAAUCUGUUGGAGACUUAUGAGUGUCAGCUAAAGAUACUACAUGCAGUUUUGACGGCUUCAGGAGACCAGGAGAGAGAUCAGCUCCUCAAGGACCAUCCUGGAGACAUCUGCACUUUAGUCCACAGCAUUAUAGAGAAGGUAAAGACUGAGAUAACCGCUGAUCUAAAUGAUCUUCAUGAAAAACAGAUGAGGAGCACCUUAGAGCAGCAUCAGAGCACAACAGAAGAGCUACAGCGAUUACACAGUGAAGAGAACAAUGUUUUAAAUGAGUCUCAUGCAGCAGCUGAGAAUGCACUGAAGGAUCAGAUUGAAGGGCUGACGUCAGAGCUGAAGCUGUUCAACGAGUUAAAGCGCAGAGCAGAGGAGUCCACGCUCAAGAGAGACCUUCAGAGAAAUAUUGAGACUCAUGGCAGCCCUGGUGCGUUCUGGGAGCAGGAGCAGGAGAGUCUUUUAUUUGUCAUCGAAAUGAAGCGUGAGCGUUUACAGGACCAGGGGAACAAGCUGCUGCAGAUGGAAACACUGGUGGAGAAGAAUCUGUCACUGGAGGAUCAGCUCCUGCAGGCUCUCCAGCAGAGCGAGGACUACAGAGUGCGGAUAGACAACUACCAAAGCCUCAUACAACAACUGUCCAAGGAGCAGAACGAGCUGCAGGAGGCGCUAGAGAAGCAGUCUCUGCAGAACCAGAAGCUCAGCCAGGAGAAAGAGGAGCUGCUCUUUAAACUCGUACACCACAGAGACUCAUGCUCCUCCUUCCACCUUCCUUCUGUCAUACCCACACAAGUGUCUCCCAGCUGACUGCAGCAUCCACCCUCAUCACUGUAUCCUCACCCUGCCUGGCCUCGGUGCCUUCGCAGCGGUUUUUUAAAUGCCAGUUUAUUAUGAAGUGCUGUGUGAACAUGCAGUGCUGAUAUGGACUUUACUCGCUGCAUUUAUCAUUUUAACUGGCCAAACAAAUAUUUUUGUACAUUUUGUUUGAAGAGACGUUUCUUAUCAGGAAUUUUUGGUUGCUUUUGAAAAUAGCUGUGGAUCUAUGCAGUAGUUACUCAUGUUAAGUCUUUUUGUUAUUGUACAAGGUGUAGUAGCAGUUCUUGCCAAUUUUUUAUAUCGGUUUUAUUGUUAUUUUUAUUUCUUUCCAGGAAACAGCAGGUAUUGUUAGCAAAAAAAACAGUUAUAUUUUUGCCUUAAGCCAUUAUUGGAGCCAGAGCACUUGGACGUGUAGCAUGAAUAUCUGGGAUCUUUUCAGAUGCACUUGCACUUUUAUCAGUGUUUUAUUUGUUGGAGCGAUAAUAGGCUUUUGGUGAUUACCAAUAUGCUUUCAUCCUACACUUUGCACACACUAUUUCCGUUUUUUAAAUCCUUCUGCUUUUCAGUGGUAGGUAAAGUACUGAAGUCCUAUUGGAUAAAAUCUAGUCAUUUUAGCUCAGGCAAACCGUGUUGGCUCAACCAGCACACAUGUAUUUCAAGAAGAGACUAGUCUAGCCAUCUUCUGUUUUGUCACUCUGGCAAACCCAAACUUAGAAUAGAAUAAUCUGACAAUUCUGAACAAUCCCAGUAUGCUCCUUAAAGUUAUUGAAUACUUUAAAGGAAUAGUUCACUCAGAAAUUAAGAGAAAUGUGUAGAAAUUUUAGCAUCGCAUCACUUGCUUACCAGUGGAUCCUCUGCAGUGAAUGGGUGCCAUCAGAUUAAGAGUCCAAACAGCUGAUAAAAACACUGACACUGUUUGCCUGAGCUAAAAUGACUAGAUUUUAUCCAAUAGGACCCCAGUACUUUACCUACCACUGAAAAGCAGAAGGAUUAAAAAAACAAUCCACAAGUAAUCCACACCACUCCAGUCCAUUAGUUAACGUCUUGUGAAAUUAAAAUGUGUUUAAAAUAAACAAAAAUCCAUCAAGGCAUUUUAACUUUAAACUUGGAGGAAACACUAUUAUGCAUUAUCAACUUAUAUUUUGGCUGAAAGCAACAGUUUAUUAUUGUGAUGUUUUUAUCAGCUGUUUGGACUCUCAUUCUGACGGCACCCAUUCACU